ACACAAAGUGCCCUAACGGGUGCACUUGGUUACUGCUGAGCUUACCCUGAGUUUUGUAUCGCACGAAGUGGUAGGCUAUCUUUGAUUUUGGUCAUGUCGCGGGCUGCAGACCGACUUAAAGUCGUUUUGAAUCAUCUGGACCGUUCCGGAGCUACUGUCAGGGCGUCUUUUACCUCAGGACAGUAUGUGUCGUAUCAUCAACCCCAAGCAUUUAGGUACACGUUGGACACAGACUUGCUGAGCCCUGAACAGAGAAUUGCUUAUGAGGAGGAUGGCUUCGUUCUUAUCAAAAACCUGGUGUCACCAGAGGACAUUGACCAGUUUAGGGCUGAGUUUGAGCGUAUCUGUAAAAGGGAAGUGAGGGUCCCUGGCCUGGUGGUGAUGAGAGAUGUGGCCAUUGCCAAGUCAGAGUUUAUGGCAGACCAGAAGGCUGUUUCCAAACUACAAGACUUUGUGGAGGACCCCGAGCUCUUCCGCUACUGCGCUCUGCCCCAGAUCCUUAAAUAUGUGGAAUGUUUCACUGGACCCAACAUUAUGGCUAUGCACACGAUGCUGAUCAAUAAGCCCCCUGAUGCAGGUAAUAAGACGUCCCGCCACCCCAUGCACCAGGAUCUGCACUACUUCCCUUUCCGUCCAGCCGACCGCAUCGUGUGCUCCUGGACCGCCAUGGAGCGCGUGACCCGCCAGAACGGCUGCCUCGUGGUGCUGCCCGGUACCCACAAGAGCACGCUGCAGGAGCAUGACUACCCCGAGUGGGAGGGAGGGGUAAACAAGAUGUACCAUGGGGUCCGUAACUACAACCCUGACCAUCCGCGUGUGCAUCUAGAGAUGGAGAAGGGAGACACCGUGUUCUUCCACCCUCUACUCAUCCACGGCUCCGGCAUGAACCAGACCCAAGGCUUCCGCAAGGCCAUCUCUUGCCACUAUGCCAGUGCAGACUGCUACUACAUAGAUGUCAAUGGCACUACUCAGGAGAACAUCGCAAAGGAAGUACACGAGAUUGCAGAAAAGAAGUAUGGUGUUGAUGACAGCGUCCGUUUUGAGGACACCUGGGCUGUGAGAGGUCGUCUAGUACAAGGAGAGAGAACUUCUCUUUGAAAACACCCAUCUCAGGACCACUUACCAAUCACGGAGCUUCGCUGUGCUGAUUGACAGCCCACAACCCAACAGUGCAUUAUUUUAAUUGCCAGAUGCUCUUUAAAACCACUCAUUGGCGAUUUGGCUGCAUUUGCAGUUCACCAGAGCGAAUUUCACGUUUGCAAGAUAAGUUAGCUUGACACUGAGAAUUUGUUUUGUAAGGUAUGAGAUGCACUGAGUUAGCCUAGACCUCAGCUCUAACCGGCUAAAGCAAAGUUUUGGAGGAAGGCGAAUUUGCUCCGGGGCUCUGGAAAAGCAGUGUUCAAGUUUCAAAAUGAAAACGGACUCUAUUUACACAUCACACUAACAAUAAAGACAUUCUGGACGGCUAUCCCUCCCAUACCCAUGAGACAGUCAGGUGUAAAAACAGUCUUAGUUGAUAAUAAUGUAAUUAGGAAAUUAGAGACGUGCUAACUGGCCUGGCUUAUUCUGUAACAAACAAGCGUUUAAAAGACACUGCCCAUAUUGAGGUGGGCAA